AGGAAAGCAGGAUAGGGAAACAUGGCAAGGUUGGUGAUGAUGCAGCAGCACCAACAGCACAGACUACCCUCUUUCUCUCCUCUUCCUUCUCUCUCCGACUUCAAUGGCACCAAACUCCAAACUCAACUCCGGGUUCUCUUUCUGUGAUUCUGUCUUUCACAUACUUCGCUCUACUUUCUGUUUCAAACUGUUAGCUAGAAGUUACAUUGAAUAGUUGUCCUCCUUAAUGUUUAUACAUACUUUGCAGUAUAGGAGAAAGGUAUCACAGCUGAAAGAAGCAUUACAUGUUACAGCAUCAUAUGCAAAGAAGAGUCUUACAAUUUUGCAGUUCCCAGGAGGAAUGCAAUGGCCUUAAUCUUGUCAGGUUGCAUCUUUUCUCAAGUCAGUUUGCAAAGUCCUGCAUUUGCUGCACCAUCUGUUACGUUAAGGGAAUACAUAGAUAGUUUUGAUGGCUACUCAUUCAAGUACCCAAAGAAUUGGAUUCAAGUCAAAGGUGCUGGAGCUGAUAUUUUCUUUAGAGACCCUUAUAUUCUUGAUGAAAACUUAGCUGUGGAUUUGUCCUCUCCUUCAUCCUCGAAUUACAAGAGUGUCGAAGAUCUGGGGCCGCCAGAAGUAGCCGGAAAUAGAGUGCUUAGGCAGUAUCUGACAGAGUUCAUGUCUACAAGACUCGGAGUGAAGCGUGAGGGGAAAGUUCUUGCUACAUCUUCAAGAGUUGCUGAUGAUGGGAAGCUUUAUUAUCAAGUUGAGGUGAACAUAAAAUCAUAUGCAAGCAACAAUGAACUGGCAGUUAUGCCAAAAGAUCGCGUAGUUAGUAUGGAAUGGAACAGGAGGUACCUUACUGUUCUAGGAGUUGAAAACAACCAAUUGUAUGCGUUAAGAUUACAGACACCAGAAAAUGUGUUUGUUGAAGAAGAAGGUGAUCUUCGCCGGGUUAUGGAGUCAUUUAGAGUGAACAAAGUGGUUGCGUAAGUUUUAUGAAAUUGUACAAAAUUUUGUAAUCCAGUGCUCACUUUUCUUCUUUAUUUUCCGGUGUUUGCUCAUUUGGAGGCCAAGUUCUUUGAAACGUUCA